AUGCCCAUCAACUGGCCUUUAUUAGGUAUGACCCCUAGCCUUUUGUGGAACUUCAGCCAUGUUCAUGAUUAUAUGACCGAUGUUUUGAGAAGAAACGGUGGGACAAUCAUGUACAAAGGCCCUUGGUUUGCGAACAUGGACAUGAUCUUCACCAGUGAUCCAGCCAACUAUCAUUACAUAUCGUCCACCAACUUUCAUAAUUACCCGAAAGGUCCAGAUUUUAGAGAGAUUUUCGAUAUACUUGGAGAUGGCAUUUUCAAUUGUGAUUCCAAGUUAUGGGAAUUGCAACAUAAAACAACCAUGUCGCUCUUCAAUGAUGCGGGAUUCUUGAUGCUGUUGGAGAAAACGAUUUGGAAGAACGUGGAGGAAGAGCUUAUACCCGUUCUUGAAUCCAUGUCAGAACAAGGAUCCCAGAGGGAUUUGCAAGACAUCUUCAAGAGGCUCACUUUUGAUGGAUUUACGAGGGAAUAUGAGGACAAGACUGGUAGCUUUGGUAACAACCAUGAAAAAGUUAUCAAAGACACCUUGCUCAAUCUUCUGAUUGCAGGGAGAGAUACCACAAGCUCAGCUCUUACCUGGUUUUUUUAUCUCCUUGCAAAAAAUCCAGUAGCAGAAGCCAAGAUCCGCAGGGAACUUCAUGCACAAUUAGGGUUGAAAGAAGGUGACAAAUGGAAAAGUUUUGGUGCAAAAGAAUUGGGACAGUUGGCAUAUUUACAUGCAUCAUUAUGUGAAGCACUAAGGUUAUUCCCUCCUGUCCCUCUCAACCACAAAGUUUCACAUGAAGCAGACACAUUGCCAAGCAGUCACCAAGUCCGUAAAAACAGCAUAAUAAUUCUACAUUCAUAUGCAAUGGGACGAAUGGAGACAAUAUGGGGAGAAGAUGCUUUGGAUUUCAAGCCAGAGAGAUGGCUCUCUAAGCAAGGAGGGAUUAAACAGGUUCCAUCUUACAAGUUUACAGCAUUCCAUGCAGGACCAAGAGCUUGCCUUGGUAAGAAAAUGUCAUUCAUUCAUAUGAAAGUUGUGGCAGCUACAAUUAUAUAUAACUACCAAGUCAAAAUGGUGGAAGGACAUUCAUUUACCCAAAGUGGCUCGGUAAUUCUACAAAUGAAGUACGGCUUGAUGGUCAAAGUAACGAAAAGAAAUGAAGUGAAACCCCCAUUAAUUAGCUUCACGCUAUAA